AUGGUGAAAGCUAGAAAAAUUGCUAUGGUGGGCUCGCGGUCUGUGGGAAAACUGUCGAUGACAGUCCGAUUUGUUGAAGACCAUUUCGUAGAGUCAUACUAUCCUACUAUCGAGAAUCAAUUUUCUAAGACCAUUACCUACAAAAACCAGGAGUAUGCUAUUGAGAUUUUGGACACUGCUGGUCAAGAUGAAUUCUCGAUCAUGACAGAAAAGCAUCUCAUUGGGAUUCAUGGAUACUUACUAGUUUAUUCCGUGACAUCUAGACAAUCCUUUGAAUUGAUUGAGAUUAUCAGAGAUAAGAUUUUGAAUUCAAUUGGAAUGGAUUCUGUACCAGUUGUCUUGUUAGGAAACAAGUGUGACUUGAAUUUUCAACGACAGGUAGAAAUACAUGAGGGCGAAGCUCUUGCACGAAAAUUCAAAUGUAAGUUCUUAGAAACUUCAGUCAGAGACAACAUUAACAUCGAACAAGCAUUUGUGUCUUUGGUAGAAGAGAUUGAACUCAUCCAAAAUCCUGAAACCCCGAAGGAAGAAAAGUGCGUCAUGAUGUGA